AUGUCUGAUCAAGAUACUCAACAACAUAAAUACAGUGAAUUGCGAAGUAUUUACAAAUACUAUAUCGAUUCAUAUAAUGCAUUAUAUCAGCUGAAAACGGAAAAUGAAGAAGAAUUAAAGUCGAUUUACAAAAUGAUCAAAACAGAAUUAAUUGAUUCAAAGGAAUAUUGCCCAGAAUAUAUUAUAAAAGAUAUUUUGAACAUUAUCCCGUAUAAUAAUCGCUAUACAAAUUCAUAUUUAUCUCUUGCCAAAUUUAUCUUUGAUGAUUAUUGUGUUAAAGAGGUCAACAAUGUUAAUAUCAUUCCAAACUACCUGUUUUAUAAAGAAUAUGGAAUUAAAUUAAACAAGUCUACUGAUAUCCAAGAUAUUAAAACAAAAAAUCUAGAUAUUCAUAAAGAAAGUACAAUCUACAGAGCUAUUAUGAAUAAUGACCUCAAUACAUUCAUCGCAUUCACGGAAAGGGAAGGAUUUGAUAAAGAUCAAACACUUAGAAGUAAUUUAUAUCCAUAUCUUGGCAUUAAUGGUUUUACAUUUCUUGAAUUAUGUUGUUACUACGGAGCAAUCGAUUGUUUCAAAUUAUUAAUAACAAAAUUUGACUCAAAAAUAACUGAAUUAUGUCUACAAUUUUCAUUUUUAGGAGGAAAUCCAGAGAUCAUGAGCGAAUGUUUGAAAUAUCAAGUACCAGAUAACAGAUGCAUGGAAUAUGCAAUUAUUUCACACAACAUUGAUUUUGUUACAUUCUUGAUGAAUGAGCAUAAUAUAAUGAUUGAUUUAGAAUAUUGCGUAAAAUAUAAUAAUCUUGAAUCAUUAUUAGUUUAUUUCGAUCAAACUAAUGAUAUUAACAGAUGUUUUAUUUAUUCAGUGAUGUUUAAUAUUCCAUCUCUUUGUAAAUAUUUCCUUUCACUUGGUGCAAAUAUCAAUGAAAAAGGUAUAUUUGGAAAAACCGUUCUUCAUAUUACAGCAGAGGCUAAUUAUAAAAAAGUUGCCGAACUUCUUAUAUCACAUGGUGCAAAUAUCAAUGAAAAAAAUAAUAUUGGAAGUACUGCUCUUCAUCAUACAAUAUAUUAUAAUAAUAAAGAAAUAACAGAUUUUCUUAUCUCACAUGGUGCAAAUAUCAAUGAAAAGGAUAACGAAGGAACAACCGCUCUUCAUAUUGCAGUAUACCAUAAUAAGGAAGUAUUAGCCCAACUUCUUAUAUCAUAUGGAGCAAAUAUCAAUGAAAAAGAUGAUAAUGGCAAAACAUCUCUUCAUAUCGCAACAGAAAAUAAUCGUAAAGAAAUAGCAGAUCUUCUUAUCUCACAUGGUGCAAAUCUCAAUGAAAAAGAUAAAGAUGGAAGAACUGCUCUUCAUUAUGCAAUAUAUUUUAAUAACAAAGAAAUAACAGAUCUUUUUAUCUCACAUGGUGCAAAUAUCAAUGAAAAAGAUAAUUAUGGAAAAACAUCUCUUCAUAUUGCAGCACUUAAAGAUAGCAAAGGGACAGCCAAACUUCUUAUCUCACAUGAUGCAAACAUCAAUGAAAAAGAUAGAUAUGGAAGAACCGCUCUUCAUAAUGCAGCAGAAAACAAUCGUAAAGAAACAGCCGAACUUCUUAUUUCACAUGGUGCAAAUAUCAAUGGAAAAGAUGAAUAUGGGAGAACUGCUCUUCAUAAUACAACAUUGGGAAAUAGCAAAGAAACAGCCAAACUUCUCAUCUCACUUGGUGCGAAUAUUAAUGAAAAAGAUAAAUAUGGGCGAAAUCCUCUUUAUAGUGCAGCAAGGAAUAAUAAUAUCGAAAUAGCCGAGCUUCUUAUAUCACAUGGUGCAAAAAUCAAUGAUAAAGAUAAUGACAAAAGAACUGCUCUUCAUAUUGCAACAGAAAAUAAUUGUAAAGAAACAGUAAAUUUUCUUAUUUCACACGGUGCAAAUAUCAAUGAAAAAGAUAGAUUUGGAAGAACCGCUCUCCAUAUUGCAACACAGAUUAAUCGUAAAGAAACCGUAAAUCUUCUUAUUUUACAUGAUGCAAAUAUUGAUGAAAAAGAUAAAAAUGGCAAAACCGCUCUUCAUAUUGCAACAGAAAAUAAUUUUCAAAAAAUAGAAGAUAUUCUUAUUUCGCAUGGCGCCAAAGUCAUUGAAAAAGAUAAAUAUGGAAGAACCGCUCUUCAUAAUGCAGCAUUUCAUGAUAAUAUCAUAACAGCCAAAGCUCUGAUUUCACAUGGUGCAAAUAUCAAUGAAAAAGAUAAAAAUGGGCAAACCGCUCUCCAUUAUGCAACACAUUUUCGUAGUAAAAUAAUAGCCGAAUUUCUUAUUUCACAUGGUGUAAAUAUCAAUGAAAAAGAUAAAGAUGGGCAAACUGCUCUUCAUUAUGCAAAAUAUUAUGAUGACACAGAAAUAACAGAUCUUCUUAUCUCGCAUGGUGCAAAUAUAGAUGAAAAAACAUUAAUAUGGAGAUACCACUCUUCAUAUUGCAGCAUAUAA